CGAUCACAGUCGGUGGUGCACGUUCCACGAUCAAGCUCACUGUGGUAGUUACUCCGGACGUUCACAAAUAAUCUAUAACCUUCUGAGAACAAGAAGCAGGUUAGUCCUAAAACAAAACAACGAUAGAAACGAAAUAAUAAAUCUGUUUUUACUCAUAUCCUGGCAGUUUUGACGGGGAUUUCAUUGUUAGUCAGGCCACAAUGAAUCGAGCGAUCGAUGGUCUCAGAGUACUGGUUUUAAAUAGUCAGAGUUAUAAUUAUUCGUUGUUUAUUUCUAGGCUCAUGAAGCCAGAACGUCCGCUCAUCCCUUAAAAACCUCGAACUUAAAGUUAAUAGGGCACUUUUUAUAUUUUGUUUUAUUGUUCUAUCUGUGUUAAAAUACACAUAUUUUCUUGCGAUCUCUGCAGUGGCCAAGCGCGUACACAGGCGAAUAUUCUUACAUUUUUUUUCUAAAACCUUUAGAAACGCAAACAGUAGGUCAUAGAGAGACGAAGACACUGGUUAUAAGGCGCUUACUGAAGGAUCUUACAUCGGGAGGAACAAAUAUAGCACGAUCCGUAAAGGUAUGCGUUCUAGAUCUUUGGCCUAAAAUAACAUGCACUCUAGAAUUUUAAAAAUAUGUUGUCAAUGUAGAUUAGAUUUUGAACAGUCACGAAAAAAGAAAUGCUCGCAAUAGCGUGAAAUACUCAUAGCAAUAAUAAUAAAUAGUUCAAUAGGAAAUCCAAAACGCGUCCAGUACUUAACAAUUAUUGGACGAGGUUGAGCAAAAUAUCGUGAUUUGUCAGUGGCGAGUUGCCUAGUCCCUGUAAGGCGUUUUCCCAGUCUCUAUUGGUCAAUUUACUUCAGUGACGUGUCGGAGGCGAACGGACGGGAAACAUGUUCGCUUGGACCACGUGACCCGAAACGCUUUGGCCGCGCAGCCGGAAUAAUGUAGACUACGAGUAGUCCCCCAUUUUUCCUCAAGGGAUAGUAGAGCGAGCGAAACGCGAGCGCGCGUGAAAAUCACCCCACGUGAGAAAAGGCGACACUCGGCGUGUCGCCUUUUCUCGCGUGGGGUGAUUUUCACGCGCGCUCGCGUUUCGCUCACUCUACUAUCCCUGAGGAAAAAUGGGGGACUACUCGUAGUCUAGAAUAAUGAGGCCUAGGGACUAAGAAAAGAGGCGAGCAGAUCAAUUAUUCGCCGAAGCCGCUGUUUUGCGAUAUAAACGGAGUACAAUAAUUGUUUUAUCAUUCGAUCACCGAAGUUGUUUUUUAAUGAAUAUCCUCGGAAGCGAAGCGAUCUGCCAUUUCACACAAGAGUGAUCGCAAGAAGGAGAAAAAGCGUGGUUUCGUUUACGCAUACGCAGAAUAUUAUUUGCAGCCAGACAUUUAUUUGCAGCCACGACGUUGCGCAUCAGCAGACCAUUAUUAGACCAGCUUUUAGCAUAAUUUUGAUGGCAAUAAUGAGACUUUGUACUUUUUAUUGUCUUACCUAGCGUUUAUAUUGUUUAGUAUAGUUUUAAUUUAGUGUCAGGUCUCGUCUGAAAACCACCCGUGGGUGAUAGCGACUUCCUGUGUAAAGAUUUUUCAAGUAAUUAAUCAUUUGUAAGCAGUUAUUUGCGGGUCACGUGGUGGGCUCUCGGCCAAUGGAAAGAAAGAAAAAUGAAUGAUGAUUAAACUUUCCUCUUUUUGAUACUUUGUGGUUAAAAAGAAUGUCCCAAGUUGUAUUGAGUGACCAAUACCUUUUGCUGGUGGAAUAUUGGAAACGGGGAUUAAGGACAGAGCGGUAGGGACUGCGGAUCAAUGGUAGUUGUUGAUAGGUUUCAGUUUUGUCGAAUUGGAAUGUCUUGUUUUGUUUGAAAUUUGGGGCCUUUACGUACAGACCUCACGAUCUAACAAAAAAAAAAAACAACGUUAAAGUGGCGAGGAUGUCACGAGGAUAUUGCUAUGCUGAAGUCAUAAUCUAGGCCUGUUUUUCCUGUUUCAAACGUCAUGCUGCUGUCGUUCUAAGCGGGCUCGAAUUCACCACGACUCUAGCACGAAUGUAUCGAAUUUAACUCAGUCGAAUAAAAGAGCUGUUGCAUAAAACAAUAUUUAAAAAUAAAAGGCGGUUUAGUGAAGUCCUGAGUAAAUAUAGUAUUCUAAUGUAUUUUUAAUAAAUUUAUGAAUUGAGUUCGGUAUGGCAGUAGCACAAUGUAUGAAACCGAGUCGUACUACUGCCGUGUGGCACGGCAAAGUGCUUAAGUCGACGGGAUUUCAUUCCAUCAAUUGAGUUCGGCACAGCAGUAGCACAACGUUUGAAACAGGAAUUAGUGCCUUUAGCCAUACACAAAAUACUCUUGUGGAGUUGUGAAGAAGUCAUGAAACAAAUUUCACCAGGAACAACUACCCAUAAUAUUGUCUUUGGUGACUUUUUCAAGUAUGACACAAAAACCUCAAAAAAGUUGGGUUUCAGUCCGUGUCAUCCUUGCCAUCUGUAGCCACAAAUGACAGAAAACAGUCGAUUCCUAAAUAUAGUCUCAGAUGAAAAACUUGAACCGUUAUGUUUAGAAUUCGAGUGAUGCGCAGACACGUUUUACCUUUCCAAGGAGACAGCAAAUAGCGUUCCAUAGCUCCUUUAAUCGUAGACUCCUUAUUGGUAAAACGGCAAAAUACUUGCACGGCUGUUUUAGUCGGACGCAAUGAUUAUUCGUCAAAACAAUCUCAUCACGGAUCACUUCAAGCCAUUAAGCCCCGUGUAAUUUAAAUAAAUAUUUCAAGAACAAUCUUGACUGAUUCCUUUUAAACAGGACUUUUGCCACCCUUCUAGAUCCAACCUGUCCCUUUGUGAGGAAUAAAGAAACAACAAAUGAAUACGACAGACAAACAACCUAAAGAGGGUCUGGGGACGACUAAAGAACCAGACAUCGAAGAUUUUAAAACUACCGAAAAUCAAACGAAGGGUACAGUAGCUGCUCUAAAAGGUAACGGUCAUUUUGAAGAAGGACGUUUUAAAGAGGCGGUCAAAUUAUACACAGAAGCUCUCGAGGCAAGCAAAGAGGUCCAAAAUCCAGACCCGCGGUUGCUUAUCAAUCGAGCAACUGCUCUCCUUAGACUAGAAAACUAUGAAGAAUGUCUUCAAGAUUCCGAUGAGUAUAUCCACAUGCUGCCAAACUGCUGGAAAGGACACAUAAGGAAAGCAUUGGCUCUAAAGGGGCUCAAAAAAGCACUCCUGUCUGCAUGCUCUGCAGCCAUUGCAUACUACCACGACGCCGAUCGUUGUCGAAGAUAUGAAGCCUUCCAUAACGCUUUUAAAGAUACAGAGAACAUCUGGGCGGCGAUAGGCUCUUCUGAAUCCUUGAGGAAUACUUUAACACGAAAUGAUAAUCCAUUUGCAAAAAAGAAAAUUCUUUUGUUGCAAGGUGCAAAGUAUGAGGUAAGCCAAGUUCCACGGCUCAAGCUGUACACCAGUCUGGUGGCUCUAACAAAAGACCAACCUGCCAUGUUCAGGACUGAAUUACUUUACAUCAGUAGCAAUUGCUGUUUUGAGAACAUUAACUUUGAAACGAAAGAUGGUGUGCUCGUUCCGCCUGGAGUGAAGGCAGAAUUUGAUCGAUGCAAGUUUCAUUGCGCUUCAUCUGAAAAACCGGCCAUUCAAGUCGGAGGGACAGCUUCUUUCGUUAAGUGUGAAAUAAGCAACAGCAAAGGUGGUGGAAUAAUAGUGGGUGGGGGACCAAACGCUCUGGCUUCUUUCAAAAAAUGCCGCGUUUUUGGAAACGGAGCCACGCCUAGAUAUUCGUCCGGCAUAAGAGUUUACGAGAAUGGGACUGCAGUUGUCCAGGACUGUGUAAUUUACGGAAACUCAGAAGGUAUACACAUCUAUGGAAGCCCACAAUACGUCUUGCCCAAGGAAGUCAAAGUAACUGGGUGUGAAAUUUAUGACAACAAAUUCGAGGGUAUUAUCGUGGUUGGUGCUCCGAAUGCGCUCGCUUCAUCCGUGACAAUCCAAGAGAACAAGAUCUACCAGAAUGGUGGAUAUGGUGUUCGCGUAUCACUUUGUGUCAAUGAUCUACUUUUUCAAAGGAAUAUAGUAUUUGAAAAUGCCUGGUGGGGAAUUUGGGUGCAGUGCAACUCGGGUGGCAAGUACAAAGGCAACCAGAUUUGUAACAAUAAGAUGGGAGGAUUAAGAGCUGGCAAGCAAAGUCCAGAAAAGAUAGCCUGUGUAAUAGAGAAUAACGUUAUCCAUGACAACGGUGGGCCGGCCUUUCACGAAGAAUUGCGAUAUUUCGAAGGAUAUGCGUUCCCGGUUCAGUUGCAAGACACCAUUGAAAGACAGUAUGUAGAAAAACAUAUGAAACUGUUCGGAUUCCGUGAAGGAGUGGAAUUGCCCAUGGGAUCAGACGUUCCUCUUCCCGUCAUGGUGACAGCAAGUUUUAAGUCCAACAAUCAGUGUUUUCAGAACGGAAUUGAGCGAGACCAAUCGAAACAGUCCACAUGCCAGUCAAAGUGUUCCUUUUGCUUUCGAUUAGAUGUGGAGUUAGAGUUUUGUGAUCAUUGCGGUGUAACCAUGUAUUGUGGAAAGGAAUGCCAGGCAUUGCAUUGGAAAAGGCACAAGUACGUCUGUCAAGCUGCUGGUCAAAGAAAUUUCAUCGACGUUUGCAUCCCGAUAGAUCAGCCGCCUCCCAUUCAUUCCCGCGUUUCUUCCCUUCAUCCGGGUCUUGAGUCCACAAACCCAACCUCUCCAUCUCCUCCGCCUAAAGAUGGAGGGCGUUUCAUUGUAAAAUUACAAACACACGAUGGAUGCGUGAAUGCCCAAACAUUUGACUCCAAAGGAUACACCAGCAAUGAUUUCGAUCCACAAAAGGCCACCGUAAUUGUGUACGAUCAAAGCCGUUCUGUCGAGUUCGAAAUUUCGGAUAGACCAAAAAUUUAUUAUAUAAUUCUCGAGUAUGGAAUUCUGGGAGCUAGCCUGUACCUCAGCAAGAAAUUGUACUGCUGGGCAGCUUUCAAAGACGACGAAACGCUUCGAAUUUUUACUCGUGACUUCCCAGCAGUACAGAACUGGUAA